UAUCUGAAAGUUCUAAAGCGCAAGACAAAAAAUCUGCUUCAUCCAACCGUCCUUCCUCUGCUGCUGUUGAGCAGAACACUAGCAAUACUGGAGCUAAGCCAGACUGUGCACCAGUACUGAAAGUUGAUGAGAGACAGCGACUUGCACGAGAACGCAGAGAGGAACGGGAAAAAUUUUUAGCGGCAAGAGAAGUUGCAUGGUUGGAAAAAGAAGAGAGAGCAAGGCAAUAUUACGAAAAGCAUCUAGAAGAGCGCAAAAAGAAAUUAGAAGAGCAGAGGUUAAAAGAAGAGAGAAGACGAGCUGCAGUUGAGGAGAAACGAAAACAGAGAAUAGAAGAGGACAAGGAGCGACAUGAAGCUGUGGUGCGACGCACAAUCGAGAGGAGCCAGAAACUGAAGCAGAGGCAAAAUAGGUGGUCCUGGGGAGGUACACUUCAUAGCAACAGCAGCAUUAAUAACACAGAUCCAGACAGGCGGUCUGUUUCAACAAUGAACCUUUCGAAACAUGUUGAUCCAGUCAUUAACAAGCGGCUCUCUUCCUCAUCUGCAACAUUACUAAAUUCUCCAGACAGAGCUCGACGGCUGCAGCUCAGUCCCUGGGAGAACAGCAUCGUGAGCAGACUUCUGACGCCAACACAUUCCUUCUUGGCCAGGAGUAAAAGCGCAGCAACCUUGGCAGGAGAUGCAGCAUCAUGCAGCCCCAUCAGCCCUCUGUCCUUCAAGGCUAUAAGCUGUCGAAAUCCAGCAGACAGAGCAAAACUUUUUGGUGCAACGCUUGAUGUCGGACAUAGGAGGACUACACAGUCAGCAGGGGCAAACAGAAAAGGAAAGGAAAGGGGCCUCUCAUUGUCUAAUCCCUCUGGCAAAAAAAGAGCUCGUUCACCAUCUACUUUUAGAAGUAAAUCAUCUGCUUGGCAUGCCUCCAGGUCUUUGCCUUUUUUGCCUGGAACACCCAAAAAACUAACCACAACACCUGGAUCAUCAAGAAUCUCCUCUGCUCAGCAACGGCCUCCUUCUCCUGGCAACAUUCGACCUGUCAAACAUGAGAAAAAAAAGGAAAAUGCGAAAAAAGGAAAAAAUCAGGAAUCUGGGAAGGCAGUUGAAGAAGAGACAGGCAAGGGGAAGGCAAUCUCAAAUCCCAGAGAGACUGCAAAUGUUGAAGAACCUAGUAAACCAGAGACCAUACACAGUGCUAUCUCAGUUCUAUCCCUUCCUGCUUCAGCUGCCUCGCCGUCUCCUCCCGGCAGCAAGCCUUCUGCAGGGACAACAGACCCAGAAGAAGCAGCCAGAGUGCUUGCUGAAAAAAGGAAACUGGCCCGGGAACAGCGAGAACGGGAAGAGCAAGAAAGAAAGGAGAGGGAAGCAACUGAAAGGCAAAAGAAGGAGGAGCUGGCACAGAGGAUAGCUGAAGAGCGAGCUCGUCGAGAGGAAGAGGCUGAUAAGCAGGAGGCAGAGCAGAAGCGAAGAGAGGCAGAACUGGAGCAGGAGAAAGAGGCAGCGCUGCGCUGUCUGGCUGAAGAAAAAGAACAGAAAGAGAGGGAGGAAAUGGAACGGCUUCAGAAGCAGAAAGAAGAAGAAGCUCGAUUACGAGAAGAACGGAUCCGGUUAGAGCGUGAAAAGCAUUUCCAAAGAGAAGAACAAGAGCGUUUAGAAAGGAAGAAGCGUCUUGAAGAGAUUAUGAAAAGAACUAGACGAACAGAAGCUACAGAGAAGAAGUCAAAUGAACAGCAAAAUGGGGAGAUAAAAGAUGCAGUGACCAGCCCUACAUCUCCCUUAAGCCCUGUGAUCGACUCUCAGGUUCAGUGUGUGCCAGAAUCUCCACGCAAUGGGGAAAUGGUAACCCACACCCAUGUGCUCAUUUCACAUCAGCCCACAGCAAAUGUAGACAGUAAUCUCAACCCAGGAAAACAUGCAAAUGAAAAUGGAGUGUCUAUGCAGAAUGCAAACUUUGAAGAGAUCAUCAGUUUACCUAUGGGAACGAAACCAUCGAGAUUGGAUGCCCUGAACAAUGCUGAGAAAGAUGGCUCUGAAAUCCCAUUGACUCCAAUUUUGGCCUUUGAAGAUAAGGGGACACUUGGGCCAAUGCCUCAGGUAGAUAACGUUCAAACGCAUCAGACAGCAGAAGUUAUCUGAUUUCUGCUUUUGAAUUACCAAAGGCGAAGUGAGCACCUCUGCAGCCAGUGGAAUUCCUUCCAUGCUAUGAAGGAGUGUUGUGUUUUUUGCACUCUCGAGUUUUCUAAAGACUACUUAGACAACUGGACAACAUUUUUUAAGGACCGUAGUAAAACCAGCAGCAGAAGAAUUUAUUGGGAAUAGACCUGGAUUACCUUUCUAUCACAUAGAUUUCACCACUAGAAAAAUCAUGUUCCAUGUGCAUAAAUUGCUUUUUUCCCAGCACGCUCCUUUGGUUAGCAAAAUGGAUAUUUUCUGUUUUCUUGAAGACACACGGGAUUCUAACAGGCUGAUCAGGUUAAUGGACCUGUUGUCUUUCUGCUUUGUUUUUCUGUUUUGAGGAUGGGCGUUUUGGUUUUAAAAGGUACAAUGUAAAAUCAGCAAGGAAUCUUUUACAUUUUACUGAUUAAAUACUUGAAAAGUAAACACCUCAUUGCUCUAGAAGUAGGGUUACUGGGGUGUUUUUAUUUAAACCAGCUGGUUUAAAUAUUAUUGCAGAGAACUCUUUAUUAUGGGGGCAAAAUAUAGGCUUCUGUAUCAGGUUCUUGUAAAUGUAACUCCUUCAUGGACAUUCUGUAUAUUUAGGCUUCACUACUGUUGUCUUGCAUU